AAAUUUGCCAUCACUUCCAGUCCCACUUCCGCUUCCGGUUCAAUCCGUGCGUCCUGCUAGAGCGCUGCUGUCUUCGCCAAGCUCAGGAAAGAUGUCUGGUCGCCGAGCAGCACUGAAAGCCAUCGAUUGGAUGGCCUUCGCAGAGAGGGUACCCAACAACCAGAGGACCAUGUUCAACAACCUGAAGACACGCAGUGACGCCAUCGCUGCCAAGUUAGCCUCUCUCCCCGAGAAGCCGGCUGUGAUUGACUGGAACUACUACAAGACUAUGGUGGCGAAGGCUGGCAUGGUGGAUGAGUUUGAGAAGAAGUUUGCUGCUCUGAAGGUGCCCGAGCCCGUGGACAUUCAGACGGCCACCAUCAACAACCAGGAGCAGGAAUCAAACAAGAAUGCUGUAGCCUACAUUGAGGCCUCCAAGGCUCGCAUUGGCCAGUAUGAGCAGGAGCUUGAGAAGUUCAAGAGCAUGAUCCCCUAUGACCAGAUGACCAUCGAAGAACUGAAUGAGAUGUUCCCAGAGACCAAACUGGAUAAGGAGAAGCACCCAUACUGGCCACAUAGGCCCAUCUCGGAGCUGUGAUUGGGUCUCUUUCAGUUUGCGACACGCUAGUCUGUUAUCUGAUCAUGUUUCUCAAUAAACUUAUUGUACAGUUU